CUCGUUUGUCUUCCAUCCUGUUUCCUCAACCCUGGAGCUCCGCGGGGCUUGGGUGGGCCCCGACAGCGGCGGCAACGGCGUCGGCGAGAGUGACAGUGACUGCGAGAGACCCGGACGUAAAUGGCGAUGGCGAUGUCGGACAGUGGGGCGAGCCGCCUGCGGCGGCAGCUGGAGUCGGGGAGCUUUGAGGCGCGGCUGUACGUGAAGCAGCUCUCGCAGCAGUCGGACGGGGACCGGGACCUGCAGGAGCACCGGCAGCGUAUCCAGGCUCUGGCGGAGGAGACGGCACAGAACCUGAAGCGCAACGUCUACCAGAACUACCGGCAGUUCAUAGAGACGGCCCGUGAGAUCUCCUACCUGGAGAGCGAGAUGUAUCAGCUCAGCCAUCUGCUGACUGAGCAAAAGAGCAGCCUGGAGAGCAUCCCGCUUACCCUGCUGCCGGCUGCUGCCGCCGCCGCCGGGGCCGCCGCGGCCUCUGGAGGGGAGGAGGGAGGAGGUGGCGCGGGGGGCCGAGACCAUCUCCGGGGCCAGACUGGCCUUUUUCCCACCUCCGGGGGCGCCUCCCGCGACUCUGCGGGUCCGGGCGAGGAAGGAAAACAGCGCACUCUCACAACCCUGCUUGAGAAGGUGGAAGGCUGCAGGCACCUGCUGGAGACUCCUGGACAGUACCUGGUUUACAACGGGGACUUGGUGGAAUAUGAGGCGGACCACAUGGCCCAGCUGCAGCGGGUACACGGCUUUCUCAUGAACGACUGUUUGUUGGUGGCCACCUGGCUGCCACAGCGGCGGGGGAUGUAUCGCUACAACGCCCUCUAUCCAUUAGAUGGUUUGGCCGUGGUCAAUGUCAAGGACAACCCGCCCAUGAAGGACAUGUUCAAGCUGCUGAUGUUUCCCGAGAGCCGCAUUUUUCAGGCGGAAAAUGCUAAAAUCAAACGAGAGUGGCUGGAAGUGCUGGAGGAAACCAAGAGGGCUCUGAGUGAGAAAAGACGAAGGGAGCAGGAAGAGGCAGCAGCUCCUCGAGGGCCACCCCAAGUGACUGCCAAGGCCGGUAACCCAUUUGAGGAUGAAGAAGAUGAUGAACCAGCUGUUCCUGAGGUAGAAGAAGAGAAGGUGGAUCUCUCAAUGGAAUGGAUUCAGGAACUGCCGGAAGACCUGGAUGUCUGCAUUGCCCAGAGAGACUUCGAAGGGGCUGUUGACCUGCUGGAUAAGUUGAACCAUUACCUAGAAGAUAAGCCCAGUCCACCUCCUGUAAAAGAACUAAGGGCCAAAGUGGAUGAGCGUGUCCGACAGCUGACCGAAGUGCUAGUUUUUGAACUCUCCCCAGAUCGUUCCCUGAGAGGUGGUCCUAAGGCUACUCGCAGGGCAGUUUCACAGCUCAUUCGUCUUGGCCAGUGCACAAAGGCUUGUGAGCUGUUUCUGAAAAACAGGGCAGCAGCGGUGCAUACGGCCAUCCGUCAGCUUCGUAUCGAAGGUGCCACUUUACUCUACAUUCAUAAGCUGUGCCAUGUCUUCUUUACCAGCCUUCUUGAGACUGCAAGGGAAUUUGAGACGGAUUUUGCAGGCACUGACAGUGGCUGCUACUCUGCCUUUGUUGUCUGGGCAAGAUCUGCCAUGGGCAUGUUUGUGGAUGCUUUUAGUAAGCAGGUGUUUGAUAGUAAGGAGAGCCUCUCUACAGCAGCUGAGUGUGUAAAAGUGGCGAAGGAGCAUUGUCAGCAGCUGGGUGACAUCGGACUAGACCUCACCUUCAUCAUCCAUGCCCUUCUGGUGAAAGAUAUCCAAGGGGCCUUGCACAGUUACAAAGAAAUCAUAAUUGAAGCCACUAAACAUCGCAACUCUGAGGAGAUGUGGAGGAGGAUGAACUUGAUGACUCCAGAGGCCCUGGGCAAACUCAAAGAGGAGAUGAAGAGUUGUGGAGUGAGUAACUUUGAGCAGUACACAGGAGAUGACUGCUGGGUGAACCUAAGUUACACAGUGGUUGCCUUUACCAAACAGACCAUGAGCUUCUUGGAAGAGGCACUGAAGUUGUAUUUCCCAGAGUUGCACAUGGUACUUUUGGAGAGCCUGAUGGAAAUAAUUUUGGUUGCUGUUCAGCAUGUGGAUUAUAGUCUUCGCUGUGAGCAGGAUCCAGAGAAGAAAGCUUUUAUCAGGCAGAAUGCAUCCUUUCUGUAUGAAACAGUCCUCCCUGUGGUGGAGAAAAGGUUUGAAGAAGGUGUAGGGAAACCUGCCAAGCAACUACAGGACCUGAGGAAUGCAUCUAGACUUAUUCGUGUGAAUCCCGAGAGCACAACGUCAGUGGUCUGAUGCUUGGAUCUGUUUAUAUGUACACAUAUAUAUUGCUUCUAUAUUAUUUAUAUUUAUGUUAAAUUGCAUUAGCGUUGCAUUUUCUCUGUAGUCUCAAACACAGCUUAACAAUAAAAGAUGCCCUAUCAGAUAGAAAUCCAAAGGGAGAAAGAAAAAAAAAAGUUAAAUUAAGCCCAAAUAACAAAAAUUGCAAUUAAUAAAAUAUAUAACAUGCUUUCCUUUUAAAUUAUGCUAGCUCUCUAAUGAAUAUAUUGUCACACUGUAUCAUUUCAGUUUAUCCUUUGAGUCAAAAUACACUUUCUCAUAGUAUAUAUAUUAUGCAACAUAGGGAAAUAAUAUCUAAGUAUUUUAUGAAAAGCUACCCAGUUCACUAAAAUGUUAAGUUUCUUAAAGGUUAUAGUGCCAUAUAAAACACUCUGCUUCAUAUACUUCCCCAUUUUAAAAUGUGAUUGAACAGUUUGGAGAAAAAGGAGGAGUUGAGAAAAUUCAUUUUAGGGUUAAUUUUGUUCAAAAGAAUUCCUAAGUAGCUAGUUUGUGCAUUCAAAUACUCUGAUCCUUAUAGAGACUACAAGAGGAAGCUUUCAUAAAACAGUUCAGACAUUUCCAAUGUGAUUCAAAUGGAUAAUUAUUUUCAGCUGCUAAUUAGCAGCUUUAUAAUAUUUGAUUUGGGAGCAUUUACUUGAAAAUUCUAAGGACUAUGAUACAUAUUUUUUUCCCAAUGUAUUCCUGAACUGUGAAUGUCCAGCUGGAGCUUUUGUCUUUAUCAUAAAAAAAUAAAAUUAAAACAAAAAGACACACUGAGGAACCUGGCAGCACCAGUGAUUUUUAGCUGCUUCCCCACCCCCUUCUAUAGUGGCUCAGACUUCAUGCAAAUAGGAGAGGAAUUUUUAUUUAAAUACUUAAUUUGGAUGUCAGGGUCUGGUGGAUGGGAAAUUAGAAAAAAUCAUAUGCAAACCCCAUGGUGUUCUCAAGAACUGCUUUGAGCAGAGAAUUGUUUUUGCUUCUUUUUUUGUAACAAAGUGAGCAAAGGGAGAAAAAGAAACUUUUGGUGAUUCCUAAAAUGCUUCAGGCUGCAUUUUUUUUAAAUCUUUUAUUUUACUUUGUUUUUUAAAGUGAACAUAAUGCUUACUUCAAAUUGUUUAGUAAAACAAAAAUAACUAAAGAAAUUUGAAUUUUCCAAGGUUUCUAAUCUAUUGCUUCUAUUGUAUAUUGAUUAUAUAAUAUUCCUCAUACUUUGAGAGAAAUUGUGCCAGCUGAGAUACAUUUCCCUCCUAGUUUGUAGUUGUGAUUCUUGUCCAUAGAAGCCAUUUCUGAUGCCAAUUAUUUCAAAAGGUCAUUUCUUUUAUCUGAAUAAAAAUAGUGGUAUUAAGACUGUGGAAAUUAUGUAAAACCUCAGAGAGCUUCCAAAUACUGCCUUAGGAUUGUAAAGCUCCUUGACUUAAUUUUAUUCAUGCCAGAGGAUCCUUUUAUUUUUAGCUAUGCCUAUUUAAAAGGUUGAAAAUGAUCAAAGUUACAGGGUUUUUUUGACCAACUUUUUUUUACAGAACUUUAGGAUUUUGUAGAUAAUAGCUCAGCUGAACAAAAAGAGCUGUAAUUUGUCUCUUCCAAGAUCACUGGAAACUUGAAUUUGAUAAAAAAUUUUGUGCCACUUAACAGUUUCUAAAAUACUGUAUGAAACACAUUGUGUAAAUUAUUUGAUGCUGGGUACAUAAAAUAAUCCAUCUGAAAUCAAAACUUAUUUUAAGGCAUGAAGUUGUAAAAACUUAAAUGUAUACUCAGAUAUUUAAUUGGUUGCUUCUUCAUAGAACUGUCUGCUUUUUAAAACUGGAAGUCAGAAUUUUCUUCUGUUAACACUUGUGUGUUCCUUAAUCAAAGCUGUAGCUGAAGGAAGUAUGCUUGUGGUGCAUCACUUAGUGUGGAAGGUUGGUUCAAGACGACCAAUGUUAAGAGUGUACCUUUGUACCAGGACAGAGCAAUUACAUUGCCGGUCCUCUAAGUGGGGCAGAGCGCUUCUCUCUAAUUCUUGUUUUACUGGACUCCAAAGCAAGUUUUAAAACUUGAACGCACUUAGAGAUUGUCUGGGAUGUAGCACAUACUGUAUAAUAUACCACUUAAGGGUUAAUUGCCUCGUUUGCUGGCCUUGAACAUAACACUGUCACUUGAGCUUGGAAUCAAAGACUUGAUUGAACUCAUUACUGUUGAAAGCCCUGUGGAAUUACGUUUCUUUUUGAUUAAAGCCUCAUGUCACAUAAGUGCUGAAAACUCACUUAUUUUUGUUUAAAAUACUACCUAUAGUUAAAUGAUCAGCAUUUGAAUUUUGCAACUUGCUUACCUGGGGCUGGAAAUUGGGGACUUGACAUGCAGUAUAAAAAAAUCAGUCUAUGUACAUUUUGCCUGUUGGUAUGCUGUGAUAUGAGGGAAUCUGAAAUGUUUAUCAAAAUAAAGCUGACAAUUUUUCUUAC